UCACCAAUCACGAGCUCUCGCUCCCUCCAAACCUUUAAACUACACGUAAACGUGAGCGCGCACGGCACAAGCCUGCUGGUUUUGCGCGCAGAUACACGACUAAACGAUCACAGAUCAACGGUAUGAACCUGCAGCUACGAAUCCCAGCUCGACUAGCCACAACAGGGAACAGCAAAGAGGAGCAUGAACUGUGAUCAUCUUUUCCAAAACAUUGCCCAAAGGCUUUACACAAUCCAGAGCACUAUGAUUAGUGAUGCUUCAAGUACAGCAGAGUACUAUGGGGACAAUGCCUCAGUGGUGUCUCAGGAUUCCAGUGUGUUCUUCAGUGAACCCCCUCCACCAAAUGACAAUCCUCUGGACUUUUUUAUCAUUAAUGUCGGUGGAAGCCGCUACAUUCUCUCUCAGGAGCUGCUGGCCUCUCACCCUGAGACGCGCCUGGGCAAGCUGGCACUCUCCACCCAAGAUUCAGCUUUAGACCUGUGUGAUGAUGCAGACUUUCGUGAAAAUGAGUACUUCUUUGACCGCAAUUCUCAAACCUUUCAAUACAUCAUAAACUUUUACAAGACAGGCCAUCUGCAUGUUAGAGAGGAACUGUGUGUGUUCUCCUUUCUGCAAGAAAUUGAAUAUUGGGGUAUUGAUGAGCUUUGCAUAGACCACUGUUGCAGGGACAGGUACUAUCGCAAGAAGGAAAUGAAAGAAUCCAUAGAGAUUGAAAAUGAUGUUGAAAUGAAUGGUGUAGAGGAUGAUUUCAGUGGAGUACUGUGUGAGGACAUUCGCCGGCAUCUCUGGGACCUCAUGGAGAAGCCAGAUUCGUCCAGGGCCGCAAAAAUGUAUGGGACGUUGUCUAUGUUUUUUGUGAUUGUGUCCAUCGUGAACAUGGCUCUGAUUUCUCUGGACUUUACUAUCCUUGGUGCACCUGUCUUGGAUAUUCUUGAGUACAUCUGUAUUGUGUGGUUCACAGGGGAGCUGCUGCUCAGGUUCAUGUGUGUGAAGGACAAAUGUAAAUUUAGCAGGAGUGUGGUGAACAUCAUUGACCUGCUGGCCAUCCUGCCUUUCUAUAUCACCUUAGCAGUGGAGAAUCUGCAUGGAGGCUCAACAGAAUUGGAGAAUGUGGGACGAGUAGUGCAGGUUCUCCGACUGAUGAGGUUUCUCAGAAUGCUGAAACUUGGACGUCAUUCCACAGGUCUGAAGUCUUUGGGCAUGACGAUCGCGCUGUGCUAUGAGGAGGUGGGCCUGCUGAUGCUCUUCCUCUCUGUGGGAAUUUCCAUAUUUGCCAUGGUGGAGUACGCCAUUGAGCAUGACAUGCCUGAGACUACAUUCAUCAAUGUGCCUUGCGCCUGGUGGUGGGCCACCACAUCCAUGACCACUGUGGGUUAUGGGGACAUCCGCCCAGAGACGGCCAUUGGCAAAGUCAUAGCUUUCAUCUGUAUUCUUUCAGGCAUCCUUGUCCUUGCUCUUCCCAUUGCCAUUAUCAACGACCGCUUCUCGGUCUGCUACUUCACUCUGAAGAUGAAGGAGGUAGCGCUACGGCACAGUGAGGCACUGAAGCGUCUGAAGCGCAACUCAACCUCAGAUGGGAUGCAACCAGCCAUAGGGUUAAACCUGCGUGAUGUCUACGCUCGCAGUGUGCUAGAACUGCUGCGGCUGUACAGCAGAGAGAGGACAAGUACACGCAGCAGUGCAGGAGAAGAUGUCUGGUGACAAAACAGGCAGAACUUACUCAAGUGAAAUUUGAAGUGAAAAAUCUAGAAUGUUUAUUUAAAAUGUACCUUCUAACUUUAACUUACAGUACAUGUAAUAAAUCUAAUACAUUCUGCAAGUGUGGCAUAGAUUGUUUUCAGUGCAUUCAAUGAUGUUGAGCAAGGAUUGAUCAUUUAGUUACAUUUCUCAUUUAAUUUUAUUUCAUUGUAAUAUUGCGUUCAAUCUGAAUAUGAAUGCUCUAUGAAACAAUAGAGAUGGAGGGCAGAAAAAAUAUAAAAGGCACAACAUCCAUUUAAGAGUCAGCUUAUUAAAUGCUCCCUCUUUUGCAGGAACACACGCUUGAUAUUUAUAGAUUAGAGACAGUUUGGCCUUCUUUCUGCAAUUUGCUGUAGAUACACUGAAAAUACUGUGAUCACUUUUAUUUGGUACAACAAUGUGAAUAAAAAGUAGAAUCUUGUAAGUAUUUAGUAAUCAUAAAUGUAAUAAAUUGCAUGUUUUUUCUUGUA